UCCGCCUCCUGGGAGGGUGAGAAGGGCCGGCUGCUGGAGCGGGGCUGCGGUCUUCCCGGAGCGGGAGACCCUUCCUUGAAUCCGGCACUGGGACGUCUCGCCCUCUCGUGGCACCUGUUGCAGGUGACAGGCAAAUCUGGUGGCCUGGUAGCUUUGAAGAAAGAAGAGUAGAAGGAAAAACUAGGACAAGUCAUGUCGGAGAUACUUGAUCUCUCUUUUUUGUCUGAGGUGGAAAGGGAUUUGAUCCUCGGUGUUCUGCAACGAGAUGAGGAACUCCGAAAAGCAGAUGAGAAAAGGAUUAGGCGACUGAAGAAUGAGUUACUGGAGAUAAAACGGAAAGGAGCCAAAAGGGGCAGCCAGCGCUAUAGUGAUCGGACCUGCGCCCGGUGCCAGGAGAGCCUGGGCCGUUUGACUCCCAAGACCAACACUUGUUGGGGUUGUAAUCACCUGGUGUGUCGGGACUGCCGCGUUCAGGAAAGCAAUGGUACCUGGAAGUGCAAGGUGUGCACCAAGGAAAUAGAGCUGAAGAAGGCAACUGGAGACUGGUUUUAUGACCAGAAAGUGAAUCGCUUUGCUUACCACACAGGCAGUGAGAUAAUCAGAAUGUCUCUGCGCCGCAAACCUGCAGUGAAUAAAAGAGAGACAGUGGAACAGUCUCUCCUUCAUCAGUCACAAUUGGGUGAUAUCUGGCCAGGAAGAAAGAUCAUUCAGGAGCAACAGAAGGAGCCCAGCAUGUCAUUUGAAGUGCCAAAGCUGAAAAGUGGAAAGAGUGCACUGGAAGCCGAGAGUGAGAGCCUGGAUAGCUAUAUGGCUGACUCGGAUACCAUGUCCAGGAGAGACUCUCUGGAUAAAUCUGGCCUCUUUCCAGAAUGGAAGAAGAUGUCUGCCCCCAAACCUCAAGUAGAAAAGGAAACUCAGCCUAGGGGUCAAAAUGUGGUAUCUGUGGACGAGGGUGAAAUGAUAUUCAAGAAGAACACCAGAAAAAUCCUCAGGCCUUCAGAAUAUACUAAGUCUGUGAUUGAUCUUCGCCCGGAAGAAGUGGGGCAUGAAAGUGGUGCCUUGGGAGACAGGAGCAAAUCUGUCCCAGGCCUCAGUGUGGAUAUGGAAGAGGAAGAAGAAGAAGAAGAUAUUGACCACCUGGUGAAGUUGCAUCGUCAGAAGCUGGCCAGAAGCAGCAUGAGAAGUGGUUCCUCCAUGAGUACGAUUGGCAGCAUGAUGAGCAUCUAUAGUGAAGCUGGUGAUUUCGGGAACAUCUUUGUGACUGGAAAGAUUGCCUUUUCUCUGAAGUACGAACAGCAAACACAGGCUCUGGUCAUUCACGUGAAAGAGUGCCAACAGUUGGCCUAUGCUGAUGAAGCCAAGAAGCGCUCAAACCCAUAUGUGAAGGCUUAUCUUCUGCCAGACAAAUCCCGCCAAGGAAAAAGAAAAACCAGCAUCAAGCGGGACACUAUUAAUCCGUUAUAUGAUGAGAUCCUCAGAUAUGAAAUCCCAGAAUCUCUCCUGGCCCAGAGGACUUUGCAAUUCUCGGUGUGGCAUCACGGUCGUUUUGGCAGAAACACUUUUCUUGGAGAGGCAGAGGUCCAGAUGGAUUCCUGGAAGCUUGAUAAGAAACUAGAUCAUUGUCUCCCUUUACAUGGAAAGAUCAGUGCUGAGUCCUCAACUAGCUUGCCAACACACAAAGGCGAGUUGGUGGUUUCAUUGAAAUAUAUCCCAGCCUCCAAACUCCCCAUUGGAAGUGACCGGAAAAAGAGUAAAGGUGGGGAAGGGGGAGAGCUCCAGGUGUGGAUCAAAGAAGCCAAGAACCUGACAGCUGCCAAAUUAGGAGGGACUUCAGACAGCUUUGUAAAGGGAUACCUCCUUCCCAUGAGGAACAAGGCCAGUAAGCGUAAAACUCCUGUGGUGAAGAAGACCCUGAAUCCCCACUAUAACCAUACAUUUGUCUACAAUGGUGUGAGGCUGGAAGAUCUCCAACACAUGUGCCUGGAACUGACUGUGUGGGACCGGGAGCCCCUGGCCAGCAAUGACUUCCUGGGUGGGGUCAGGCUGAGUGUCGGCACAGGGAUCAGUAACGGGGAAGUGGUGGACUGGAUGGACUCGACUGGGGAAGAAGUGAGCCUGUGGCAGAAGAUGCGACAGUACCCAGGGUCUUGGGCCGAAGGGACUCUGCAACUCCGUUCCUCAAUGGCCAAGCAGAAGCUGGGCUUGUGAGCCCUGUCCUUCUCUGCAGGUCCAUUCCUGUCCAGGGCAAGUCAGAGGAAGCGAAGAAACCAAGGGCGAAGAUUUACAAUUUGUGUGUGUGUGUGUGUAUAAAUGUGUAUUUCUACAGAUCUCAUUAUACUAGAGCGAUGUAGACUUCCCCUUUUUAAAGGAGGCUCAAGAAUAAGGGUCUCUUAAAAAUAUUUUUAUUUGUGCAUUAACUACUAUAUAUUUCCAGAGUCCAUGAUUCUUCUAUCUUUAUGAGAUUUAAUUAAUUUAUCUUUUAAAACAACUUUUUAACCGCCUGUCUUGCUAUCCUGGUUCCUCCUUUCAUAGGAAGCCCUGGCUGCCUUUGGCACUUGUACUGGUCUGUGUUUCAGGGUGUGCCUGGUCUGAGGCCAAGGCUCUGGGAAGCAGGGGUGGUUUACUAAAGACAGAAGAAGAUUGGAGAGAGGUGACUUGGUCCCUUCUUUCUCCUCCACUUUAUGCUUUUCACUCCAUUUCUACCUUGACACAUUUCUGAAACUUGGCUUUUAACUCUUGUUGGAGCAGUUUCCACCUUGCUUGGGUCUAAUAGUUUUCCUGGAAAUGCUAAGAAGAUGUCUAAGUUGCUUCCAAUUUUGAACACCUUCCCUAGACCUCUGCAGGACCCUUAUAAUAGAGUUGCUUUAGAAGAGCACUUUAAUUAGAUAAUGGCCUUUGGACUAGGUCACAGGCAUGCCCAGUACAGGCUUCUCAGUGGUCCCAGAGGACCAGCAAUGGAGCAUCUCUCAGCCCGUGCUGAUUCUUUGCAUUUUAAACUGAUAUAGCAGUCAUUAGAAAGCUCAUAAUGAAAGAAAAGACAUACCAUAUACCACAUAACACAUUCGCUCCCACAUCUUUCAUAGCAUUUGUGUCCGCUGUGUGUUACAGUCUACACACUUUGUGUGGAUCACAACAAACUGGAAAAUUCUUAAAGAGAUGGGAAUACCAGACCACCUGACCUGCCUCUUGAGAAAUCUGUACGCAAGUCAAGAAGCAACAGUUAGAAGUAGACGU